CUUGCCCAUACUCAAGCACAUUUUGUGGAGAACCAGAAACAGAUCUUGCAUUUGAAUCAUCCUUCCAACGAUCACGCAACGGAGGCAAGAACAAGGACAAAACCUCAUGGCAACGGCAACACUCUCGAGACGCUCCCUCGGUCUCCUUUCAGGUACACCCGGAUAUCUUCAUACAUAUGGAUCCAGGCUUUCAAUUGCUCGCCGAUGUGCGAGGAUUAUCUCAACGGAUACUGCCGCUACCGCUGGAUCAGAUGCAUCCGAGGGAUAUAUCUCCCAAAAAGUUGACCCACGUUUUCGAUAUGGAGAUGUCAUUAUCCUCAGCGAUAAUAAGGGCGAAAGACGGCUCAUAGGACCAUUGAAGGCGCCUUCCGGGACAACAACAUGGGCCGACUGAAGCACGACGAAAUCAUCGGUUUAUCACCGCUUUCGACCAUCAAGUCCCACAUGGGGGCCAAAUAUACUCUACACUGGCCAAGUCUAGACGAGUACUGCACAAAGGUCAAGCGUCAAGCGAGCAUCAUGUACCCCAAGGACGCCACCUCAGCUGUCCACCUCCUCGACCUCUUCCCUGGAGCCCAUGUCCUCGAAGCCGGCACUGGCAAUGGUUCCAUGACCCUUUACAUUCAACGCGCGAUCCAAGCACCCGGAUCACAUCUCGAUACCGUCGACAUCCGUAACGAGCAUUCACAACAGGCUGAAAAGAACAUCGAACGCUUCUGGAGAGGCAUGUAUCGUCCUGGAAUCACCUUUUGGAGAUCUGUCGGCGGGCUUCAAAAAGUGAUCAGGCAUCUCAAGGGUGAAACGGACGACGCACUCAGAACAGCAAAUCCACACUCACCGUCAUCUUCUGGAACCCCAGUAACAUCUGGCGUGAAAGGAGAUUCAGAAAUUAUGUGCGACAAGGACGGCAGACCUUUGACGCCUCUGGAAAUAAAGCGCCAAAAAUUCAUGGAGACUAAAGAAGUCCUCCCGCCCAACCCUCACCCGAAGGGCCACCAAUACGACGCCAUCAGUUUAGACCUACCAGAUUGCAAAAGCGUCCUCUUCGACCUCUUGCCGCUACUUAAGCCUGAUCGACCCAUGUGUCUAUACAUGGUUAACAUGUCCCAAAUUUUGGAACUCGUUCAGUGGAUGCGACAGAACUGUGAUGACUAUACGGUCGAGCGAAUACUCGAGGUCGAUUGGAAAGAGUGGAAUGUCCGCUCUGCGGCCGUCAGAAGCAAAGUCAGAGGACGAGUUCAUGUCGGAGGGCUCGGAAAAGUCUUGCCGCUGCAGCAAGCAAAGAAAGACGAUAACGAGGAACAUCAGGAGACCAAGGAAGCAUUGGCUACUACAGCAGCGGACAACAUCCCAGAUGACGCUGUCGGCUGGAUCUGUCGACCAUUACACAUGCCCGUUGGGCACACUGGAUUCUUAGUUCAACUUCGCAAGAACUCAACCAAUACCGAGCUAGAGUCGACUCCAUCGACUUUCUCUUCAUAAUAUUCCAUCCACUUUGCUGUUUUUUU